AUGAAUUCUGGGAAGGUGGUGGGAAGCAUAAGAAUGGUGUUGGCUUACCUGAAAUGGGGUUGGGAUUUGUUGUUUCACUUGUCCUUCUUCCAUCACCGCCACCACAACUACUCCUACUCUUACUAUCCGCACGAGAACUACGAAUCCAACGACGUCGUGUCAGCAACCGCCGAAGACCUGCGGCAGUCCUCCGAAUGCGCGGUGUGCUUGUCCAAGGUGGAACAAGGGGACGAGAUCCGGGAGCUGCCAUGCCGCCACUUGUUCCACAAAGUCUGUCUCGACAGAUGGUGUCAGUCGAGGAGGCAAGCCACGUGUCCACUCUGCCGCCGUUCCUUGACUAGUACUCCGGCCACCAGCCGAGGGAGCUCCGGCGGGGCGGCGCCGGAAGUGCUUCUGUUCGACUUCGCUCGUUUUGUUUCCUCCGAUCAUGACACCCGCGACACUUGGUGGCUCCGCUAG